AUGCCAACAGAGGCUCUGGCCCCGCCCUCUCUGGCAGAUAACAAGGCCCCUGGCCCGGCCCCCCCCUUUGGCGCAGCGGUGCCGCUGCGCAUCCUCAACAAGGGGCCCGAGUACUUCAGGAGAACGGUGGAGCCAAACCCGAAGCGUCUAAGCGCAGUGGAGCGCCUUGAGGCCGAUAAAGCCAAGUAUGUGAAGAGCCAGGAGGUGAUCAACGCCAAGCAGGAGCCCAUCAAACCUCCGGUCCUUGCCAAGCCCACGACCGCGCUGCUGACCCGCAGGGAGAGGGGCGCUCCUGGGGGCUCGGGUCUGCCCUUCAAACCCUCCAACAACAACAGCAAAGCAGAACACAAGAGUGGAGCCAAGAGGGACAACCUGAACCUGGAGAUCCUCAAGAACCUGCUCAACUCUGGGCCUGGAGCUGACGGCUAUGGAGGGGGAGGAGCCAAGAGGACUAGUGGAGGCCUGGGGAGGAGCUGGACGCCCUCUGGGUACGGUCUAGAGUGA